AUGGCCUCCGGCCUUGUGACACCGGCGGCCGUGAAUGCCCCAGUUGGGUUUCAACAUGGUGCCAAGCUGGGCUUAGUGGCAACCCCUCUACGACCGUUGACGGGUCACAGAAGUGACGGAUCUUCCACCAUAGGCGACUGCAACCAUUUCGUUCAACGACUCACCGUGUCUCCACCGUGUUUCUUCGGCCACGUUGGCUCGCGCGCUGUCGAGCUCGCCAUGACAGCUUCAAGCAUGGUGUCGCAGUACUCGACGUUUCACCAGCACCUCCAGGCAUUGACGGGGGAAUUUGAACGCAUCUUGGCGGAGAAUUUGGAGAUGCGAAAAGAGUUGCACAACGAACCCAUGUGGCUGCUCCGUUCAUUGGAGAUGGAAGGUAGCAAGCCGCCGAUGGAUCACAUCCAUCCCAGUCCCAGACAAAAUACCCGGAAGGGAACCAACAACUCAUCCCAGCUCCGCGUCAGCGGCUCCAGCAGCCCCCGCCACUCGCCGCGCGGUGCUGACAACCUGCCCUUGCCGGGAUCGGUGGAGUUGGAGUCGGAGCACACCAGAUCCAAAUCUUUGGGAGAGCAAAGGGCAGGGUGGCACAGCAGCGAGUGUUUCAAAGUGCCUGCCAUUGAACCUGAAGGUCAGCCGCCUGCAUUGCACUCGUCGCUUCAUUCCAAGGAGACUUCCCUAAGGGAAUUCAAAGGCUCCAGCGGCUCUGCUUCCGCAAAGGUUCACGAGAUCGAAGAGUUUGAAGCAGCGGAGAAUGUGAAUUUCCUGUUGUUAUUGGAUAUGGUUCCGGCAUGCGUCAUCUUUGCAAGCACUGUGGUGGCGGGCGUCAGCGCGGACAUUGAACCUGAUUCCAUUGUCUGGAAAGUCUUAGAGGCCGUGUUCACGGCGUUUUUCAUUGGCGAGAUCGUUGUGAAGAUGAAAUAUUUUGGUUUCAGUGUCUAUUUGUUUGGAAGCGAUUGGUACUGGAGUUGGUUCGACAUUCUUUGUGUCAUUUUAGCCUUGAUCGAUAUGGGCCUCACCUACGUCAGCAUCGCGGAAGGUGUGAGUGCCGAGACGGGUCCGGUGAAUACCCUGAAGAUGUUGAAGUUGGCACGACUGGGUCGAAUCAUCCGCUUGCUGAAGUUCAAAAUUUUCCAAGAGCUGAAGUUGAUGAUCCAAGGCGUCUUCACUGGACUAAGAGUGCUCUUCUGGGCGGUUGUCCUUUUGGUGGGAUGCAUGUACCUCAUAGGUGUGGUGACCAAGACGUUGUUUGGACAAGAACGGCAGGAAUUUCGAUAUGUGCCCAUUGCAAUGUUCACGGCCUUCCGGUGCUUCACAGAUGGCUGCACAACGGAGGAGGGCGAGCCGCUGCAUGAAAAACUGCGGGAUCGAUUUGGCGGUCUCUUCAUGUUAGCCUACAUCCUCUUGUUCUUGUUUGUCACCAUUGGCAUCUUCAAUCUGAUCAUGGCGGUUUUCAUCGAUAACGUCACUGAUGGCAGUACCAAAAAGAGGCAACGUGAGCUCGGGGCCAAUGCGCCCAGAACGGCCUGGGUCCUGUCGUCAGUGCUCCGACAUUUGAUUUUGACCAACAUCUUCCGGCGGGAGGCGGAAGACGAAGCGGCGGCAGAGGAGGACUUGUUAAAGAGUCAAGCCACAGGGGGUGGUGUGGACGUGGCGAUUCCCUCGGCCCGGCGGCGCUCGAAGAUUCUGCAGGAGAAGCUUCUGAAAGUUCAGGCUUUGUAUGGAUACAAUCCUCACACCACUCAAGAAUACGACGAACUGACGGCCUCCAUCCGCGCCGACAUGUCCACACGCAACGUCCAGGUGACCCGCGGAGAGUUCAAUCACUGGCUUUCCACAGAAAAGGAGCUACUGGAAACUCUGGCCGAUGCUGAGAUCGAUUUGUCGUGCAAAUCUGAUUUGUUUGAUGUGUUGGACGCGGAUCUAAGUGGAGUGCUGGAGUUUGAAGAAAUGAUCGAUGGGCUGCUGAAAUGCAGAGGUCCCGCGUCUAAAACGGACAUCAUCGCCAUCCGCUUGAAGACCAGCUUACUUGUGAACAUGAUGACGCGUUUGUGUCGCCACAUGGGCGUAGACGGCAUCUGAAGCUGAACGCGACAUGUGUUGGAUCCUAUUAUUGCCAUUGCUUUCCAGCCUCCCGCGGCUCGCUACGAGCUGAGAGACGUCGAUUUCGAAAGACCUG